GUCCGUCAUAAAAGAAGUUUAAUGGGAUUGGCAAAACGAAAGUUAUACUGUGCCUGCGAUCAAUAGACGAUGUAAGAUAGAAAGCAGCUAUAUUGAGCCGCAACUCUGUUUUUACAACUUUUUAUACGUUUACAUGGGGUCUCAACUUGGUCUAAACCAGAAGCAUGUUUGUUGUAGAGGAUCCGCACCAUGGCCUGCAGCCAUACUUGUAUGAGAAGUUUAUAAGGAUUCGGUCUCUCUUGUGGUCAUUCCCAUUCUUAUGCCGUCAAAUCGAGAAUGCAAUUUACACAAGGGCUAAUUGCCAGCUCAGUGAGCGUCUAGUAUUAUAGAAGCA